AUGGAGAUAGAUAGCGACGUACCAAUGCAAGACGCUACCGAGGAAACCCUCGACCCUACGCUAGACGAAGAUGCGCUGUCCAAGGCCCAAGAGGGACCGGGCUCUUCCGGAAUUGCCGACCACAAGGCGUCAAAGCCACUCCAGCUUGAUUCGGGCAACAUCGGGCAACUGGACCAGUGGAUUGAGCAUCUAGGCAAGUGCCAGGUACUAUCCGAGGACGACGUGAGCAGACUGUGCAAAAUGGCAGUCGAUGUUCUCCAGUUUGAAGAGAACGUGCAACCUGUCAACGUGCCGGUAACGAUAUGCGGUGAUGUACACGGUCAGUUCCACGACUUGAUAGAGUUGUUUAAAAUCGGCGGGCCUUGCCCGGAUACCAACUACCUGUUCAUGGGAGAUUACGUUGAUAGAGGGUACUACUCGGUGGAAACCGUAUCAUACUUGGUGGCAAUGAAGGUGAGAUAUCCAAAGAGAAUUACUAUCCUCAGAGGCAACCACGAGUCGAGGCAAAUUACGCAAGUUUACGGGUUCUACGAUGAAUGUUUGCGGAAGUACGGUAGUGCCAACGUUUGGAAGAUGUUCACGGACCUGUUUGACUACUUCCCCAUCACUGCAUUAGUUGACAACAAAGUGUUUUGUUUGCACGGCGGUCUGUCGCCGAUGAUCGAGACGAUAGACCAAGUGAGAGAGCUCAAUAGAAUACAGGAGGUUCCCCACGAGGGCCCCAUGUGCGAUCUACUCUGGUCUGAUCCGGAUGAUAGAGGUGGGUGGGGUAUCAGUCCAAGAGGAGCCGGUUUCACUUUUGGCCAAGACAUAAGCGAGCAGUUCAACCACACAAAUGAUCUCUCUCUCAUCGCGAGAGCACACCAGUUGGUCAUGGAAGGUUACGCGUGGUCUCACCAGCAGAGCGUCGUGACUAUUUUUAGCGCACCCAACUAUUGCUAUAGAUGUGGCAAUCAAGCUGCGAUCAUGGAAAUGGACGAGAACCACAACCGCCAGUUUCUCCAGUACGACCCCUCGAUGCGGCCCGGUGAGCCCACUGUUAGCAGAAAGACCCCGGAUUAUUUCUUAUGA